AUGGCCUUUCGCUUCCUCGACCUCAACCCAGAAUUGCGCAAUAUAGUCUACCACUUCGCGUCAAUCACCGACGCACACGUUCCUAUCCGAUGCGAUGCCUCUCUUCAGUCCGGCAACUACGCUGCGCUCACAAGAGUGUGUGUCCAGAUCCGCCGAGAAUACCGCCCAGUUCAACGUUACAUGGCUGAGGUUCGGCUGGACCUUGCAAAUGUUGGCCAUUAUGCUCGGGCAUUCAUGACGACAGCUGAAGACUCCAUGUCCCUCCCUCAUACUAUACACGUCGAGGCAUGGUUCGCGAUAUCCUCCAGAUCCGACUCUCACUUCAGCAUCUUUCCGGUUCUCAAGCUCAAGGCUACCCACCCUGACCUGGACUGCAAGAUGGUGCCCGCCGCCAUUGCGAAUCGCUAUGGUCUUGCACAGCACCCCAUGUUCUUCGGGACUGUGAACCAAGUUCGUGGUCUCAACGCACUUGCUUGCCAUGCGAACGAAAAGUGGCGCGAGGAGAUUAGGAACGGGACUAUUGGAGAUGUCCGGAUCAGAUCAAGCGCAUCAUUUAGUGAGACUACAUGUAUUUGUAUCAUCUUCACGGGUGUCCACGCCCCCAAGAACUACGAUGAAGCGAUCAGCGCGCCUGAUGCAUGGAGCAGCGCUCGCGGUCUUGACGUCGCGCUAUCACACGGCCAUCAUGUUGCGUUGUACCUUUCACCUAUGUUCACUUGA